AUGGAGCAGUUACCAGAUCAGAUUAAGAUGAGCGUGCAAUCUGUCGCGGAGUCUGUCGCGCAGUCUGACCAGAUGUUAGACAAUGAUGAUUAUUUGAGCUCCAGACGCUCGUCUCCUUCUCGUUCUUUCGACUCCAGACGCUCAUCUUGUUCUUUUAACUCCACAUCUUCCUCUACUGAUUUGACCUAUAUACCUUUCCUACCAACCGAGAUUAUAAUUGACAUUGUUGAUCAUUUCCGGCUUCCAGUGCUUGCGUACGGUCACAAGGUCCCUCCAGCGGAUUACUUGAUACUUCGCACCACUCUUCGCAACCUUUGUCUUUCCUCUGUACGCUUCUGCAGUUGCGCCAAACCACUCUUGUACGAGACAGUCAUUUUCUACUUCGGCCUCGGCCCAAUUGAUGUACAACUCGGAAACGCUUAUGGGAAUAUCGUCAAUCUUGUUCUCCUGAUCCGCACUCUAAUAACGAAUCCCUAUUCCCCCGGCUUAAUCAAGAAUAUCAUUUGCCCGGUGGAGAUUUUUGGGUCUAAGGAUAUUUCUAAGGACCAUCAAGUCUUGUUCGAUACUGCGCGUGAUGAGCCAGACAUACCAGGCAUGGACACUGAACUGGGGUGGUUUGGAUUUUUCAACGCUCAACGAUUAAUGGCCAUGCUGCUCUGCUUAGCUGUCAAUAUCGAGUAUCUCCACCUGCACCUAACCGACGGCUAUGGUUAUACACUGCUAUUCGAAAUCAUAACGACAUAUGAGGACUAUUCGGGAACACCGACCUUUGAUCGACUUUCGGCUGUGAGCCUUCACCGAGACUGUGGGUUCUCGGUCGGCGGAGCCAGGCAAAACACGGAAUUAUUCUAUUUAGGGUCCAAAAUCUCUUCACUUCGUGUCUGGCGAAACAUGGGUAGACAUGUCUUUCGAGAUGGCAUGGAAUUCGUGCAUAAUCUCCAAGAACUGAGACUGGUGGGCUAUGUCAACGCCAGAGACGUGUUCAAAAUCUGCCAAAGGGCACCCAUAUUGAGGGACUUGACAUUAAUCAUCUCGGAACCUGGCGACCUCGAGCUCGAUAUCCCACCAGAGGAAUACGACCUAAACCAUGCACUAGCCCGGCGAGCCGAUACCCUAAAAGAGCUCGAGUUGAGAAUCUACAAGUAUCACCUAUACCUAAGCCAACUUGGGGUCAAUGGACGCUUAGAGUGCCUACCCAUGCUUGAAAACCUCCAGAAUCUCACGAUCGAGCUGCCAAUCAUAUUCGAUCUGAUCGCAGAACCAACCGAGUCUGAAAUUUUGGCGUGCCUGCCCCCGAACCUGGUCUGGCUACACCUGGUGGAAGAAUACCAGAAUAUGGGGUAUGACCGAGGCCUCGAUCUGCACCUGAACUAUCUGAUCAACAAAUUGCUGGUACAAUUUGCCUUCAUGCCUUCGUCGCAGCUGAGGAGGUUGCAGCAUCUCCGCUACAGAUAUCGCCCGGUCAAUACUUCCACCCCCCCUACAGCCCUCUCCGAGAUCCAUGGGAUGUUCGGGUACAACGAGCUCACUUUCUCAUAUCAGCCUGAUGAUUUCUGCGAUGUUUACUGUGUUCCGCCUUGA